UACAUUUCAGUUCAAGCUAAUUACAAAACUAACAAAAUUAGCUACCUGUAAUUUACAAUAAGUACUUAUAUUAGUAGAAUUAUGUAAAUUAAUUUUUUAAUGCAACUCCAUUCAUUCACGGAACCCACAAAAGACCACUAAAUUUAAAAAAUUUGAGUUUUCGAAAAGUCCGGAUUCUCGGGUGGUCCGGAUUCCUGGCAUCCGGAUUUUUGGGCUUUUACUGUAAUCUAACUUAAUCAAAAUACUGUACUGUACAUAUAAUGUAAGCUCUUCAGGUUAGUUAAGAAUGGUUGUGCUUUAUUUGAUUGGUUUAGCCCUGCAGCCUCCCUAUUAGAACUUUCUGACGAAACCAUCAUAAUUUAAUCAUUAUGUUCAUGAGCUCAAACUCGUUUCUUUCCUUAAUACCAUACUGAAUACGUUAUGCAUUUUUUCCCAUUGAAACAAUCCCUUGUAAGAACUCUAUUAAAAAAAAUGGUGCUCUUGUCCUUAUCUUUAUCCAAAUCCUGAAAUUUGUCCCCCUCCCUCAUUUGUUUUCCCACAGUAACUUGUAUUGUUUCCCCAUAUUUACAAAUUACCUGUGCAGUAUACAGAAAGUGCCUAAAUUAGGUAAUCUAUUCCAUUAAGCCUACAGUUGUGGGGGAGUUGCCCACAUAAGUACUUUAACCAGUCUUCUUGUUGACAGAUUGAAAUGUCAAGAGGACUUGGAAGAAACGUGUUCUACCUCUAUGACAAAUCAACACUUAUAUAUGAAAUUCUAGAAAGGAAGUGUAUUACAGAAGUUCCAUCUUUAUUUUAGUGUUGGAUGUUUUUCAAGUUACGUUUGAGAACUCUGGAGAAUGUUAACCAAUUUGAAAAUUAUAUCUAUCCUUACCUAUGCAAGCCUCUAAGAUUUAUGUACUUGUACCAAUCUUAUUCUCAUCUACACUCUUGUGAUAAGAAGAUUGAGAGUUUCUAGCUGUAAGUAAAUUAGGCUUAAAUGGUAGUUCUUGAUAUCUAGAACACCAAUAAAUAAAUGGCCAGUGUCUCAUUCAGUGUUACAUUUUGGUGUCUAUUCUGCAGUCUAUAAAGCAACUUACCUGCUGCAGGUGUUUGAAGGAAAUUAAUUAUUGAUAUCCACAUAUUAUAUAUUACAUAAUGCAAUUUUGUUUUUAGUGAAUGUAAUUGGUUAGUAAACCAUAAAAUGGCAAGGAAAACUUUUGAGUGCAAGCUCUGUAAAAAAAUUUUUACCAAGAAGUAUAAAUUUGAUAAACAUAUAAAUACCCAUGUGGCAUGUAAGAGUCUUAAGUGUAAUGUGUGUAAUAAAAUAUGCUCAAGUAAUGCCCGGUUGAAUCGUCACAUGAGAGUCCACUCAAACGUGGAACCUUUGAAAAGAGAGAUCCGUAAGAAAGGAUAUGCACAACAGGUUUUGGGAUCCUUAAAUGAGGAUUAUCAUGAUUGUGAACACUGUGAUGAACAGUUCAAAAGCAAGAGUAAAUUGAAUGAGCACAUGCGGAAGCACAUCCUUGAAGAACCUUAUGAAUGUGAGGUCUGUCUUCAGGAAAUCUUUCCAACAGAUAAUCAUAACUGUCUUGAUUUGCAAAAACAUGAUGAGAAAUAUAACUGCCCAGAUUGUGAUGAUAAAUAUGAAGACUUAACCAAAUGUCUUCAGCAUAUGAAAAAUCACAGAGGUAAAGCUUUCCUGGACUGUAAACUAUGUGGUCAAGUCUUCACUCACACCUUGUCUCUAAAGUGCCACAUGAAUAACCAUAAGCGUGGGAAACCAUAUACAUGUAAAGUGUGCAACAAAAAAUUUGGGAAUUAUGGUGAUUAUCUCUGUCAUAAAAAGUUACAUCCAAGGAAUAAAUUCUAUGAUUGUGUUCUUUGUCCAAGGACCUUUUUGAGGCCUCAUUUGCUCAAGGCACAUAUGUUGCAGCACUUGGGGGAAAAACACUACAGAUGUAAUUUGUGUAACACAAUGUUUGCCAGAAAAGACACCCACAGACGUCAUAUGCAGCAGUUUCAUCCUGGGUUUAAAAAAUGUGUUUUUAAACUAAAGUCUGCUAAAUGUAACACAACAGUACCCAAGAAAGACAAACUUCAGAAUGAGGGUAAAGAGUCCAAACUUUCCAUGAGAAAUAGUAUUAUAAAGCAAGAAAAUGAUGUAGGCAAAAAGACGACUUUGGAAGAUGUAUUAAAAACCUUUAAACAUCCAGCUGGGUUUUCAAAGAAGGCUAAGAAUUCAGGGCUUCAAAAUGAAAGUUUACCCAAUGUAGGUGCAAGUAAUUCCAGUAAGAUUCGUGAAGUUCAUGCUGAGAAAGGUCUUGUCUUUGAGGAGUCUGAAGAUGACAUUCCUCUUAUCCACAUUGGGAGUAAUAUCCUUAUCAAAUGUGAAAGUUUGUCAAGGAAUUGUUCAAGUUCAAGUAAGCAGAAUAUGUCAGAAAAUAAUGAUGAUGAUAAUUGUUCAACUUUGUCUGGUAAUUCAAAUUCUAAUAUGGGUAUCAGGAAGAUGAGUGAGUGCAAUAUUUGUGGAAAAGUGUUCAUCAAUGACAUUGUUCGCACCUACCACUAUGUGAGACAACACAUAAGUGAAGAAUGUAAUCAGUGCAUGAGAUGUGGUCAGGUAUUUUUUAACAUAACUGAUUUUAUGAGUCACCAGAUCCAUCAUAAAUCUCUCAGAACUGUCUGAAGUGUGGGACUGAUUCUUGUUGUGAUGUUUGUGUUUUAUACUAUUUAUAAAAUUAAAAUACAGUUAUGAUGUUUAUUAAAUACUUGUUUAAACUUGGUGGUCAUGUACUUUUUUCCUGAAUAAAACCUUAGUUCUUA